CAGAACCCAAAAACCCCAUCGUCGGUUUCUUUGGCUCAAUUAUCCCCUUCCUUCCUUCCUUCCUUCCUUGUGCUUCUUCAUUCACCUGCGACUGCGAGUGAGUGCGAGUGCGAGUGCGGGGUGGGUCAAAGGCUCAAAGCAAGUGCGUGGGAUUGGAGGAGAAGGAGAUGGAGCUGGUGUCCUCCUCCCGCUCCACCCUAUCCUCUUGCAGCCGACUGGUUGCUCCCUCCAGGUCCAGUUCCACGACGGCAUCCGCAGCUGCUAGGCGCCACGGGAAGAGGCUAUUAUGUGUCUUGGGUGGAGACAGGAAUGAUGAGCUCAAGAUCGGGAGGCGGGCGGUUCUUGCUCUGCUCCUGGCUACGCCCACACUCUCACUGCCUUUCUCCGCCCACGCCAAGACCAAGACCAUAAAUCCUUAUGAUGAAAGACGCUUGCUUCAGCAGAACAAGAAAAUCCAGGAAGCCAACCGUGCACCUGAUGAUUUCCCAAACUUCAUCAGAGAAGGUUUUCAGGUCAAAGUAGUGACACCCGACAACUACAUAACUCGGGACUCCGGAUUAAUAUAUGAGGACGUCAAAGUUGGUACAGGCGAUUGCCCAAAGGAUGGUCAGCAGGUUAUAUUUCACUAUGUGGGCUACAACGAAUCAGGACGAAGGAUAGAUAGCACCUACAUCCAGGGUUCGCCUGCCAAAAUUCGACUAGGCAACAAAUCAUUAGUUCCAGGUUUUGAAGAGGGGAUUCGGGACAUGAAGCCAGGGGGGAAGAGAAGACUAAUUAUACCUCCUGAGCUUGGUCCUCCUGUUGGGCCAUCGACGUUCUUUAGCGCGAAACAGUUUGAAGUAUUCGACGUCGAGCUACUCUCAGUGCAGGACUGCCAGCGGAGGACAAUAGCUUUCUACUCUGAUGUUGUCUGCACUUGAUCAUCUGGUCUGUUAGUCCCGACCGGUGCAGCAUUCUCCUCCUACAACCCUGUAGGAAAAUAUUGUUAGCUAUUGUUUUUCGUGAAAACGCAGGGGACCCAUGCGUUUCAUGCCAUUGAAAAGAGAGAGUUUGUAAUUACAAUCCUUCUAGGAGGUGGUUUCAGACAUCAA